UCAGUGUCUGAUGACGAAUUUCCCCACAAAUCAUUAUCACUCAAUUCUGCAAGUUGUUCUGAUUUAUUAUCGCUGUAUUCUAGCUGCUCUAAAACCGCUUUUGACCUAAAGGGACGCUUUAGGGACGCCAUGGACUUUUCUAAGUUUCCAGGCAGAAAGAACAGUAGAAAUGCAGGCAGGGCACAGGACAAAGCACUAGGGACAAAAUGUAUGUGAAAUGCUUUGAAACAGCAAUGUUUUACUAUGUUAUUUUAGUGUAUUUUGUGAAUGUCAGAUUUUAAAAUUUUCAAAUCUCCCGCCGGUUCCGGCCCCUGUACGUCCCGAUGCUCGCAGGGACCAGAACCCGGAAGACGAAUACCGACAUCGGCCGGAGGAGAUGGCUGGGGAUGCUGCAAGGGAGACA